AUGGAGUUUGGAAAUUUGAAAUCUUCCACAUCUGGUAAACACCUUGUGUUCAAAAAUUCAGAGCCAUUCACGAAUUUCCUAUUAAGGAAUCUGUUAACGAAUGAAAAAUCUAUGAACUCUGUACAUUCUGACAUUGAGUCUAACAAAAUGGGAGAUAAGAAGCAUGAAGAAGUUUCCAUUGUAAGCGUGAAUGUGCGCGGAGCUAUUCCUUUUAAUCUUAUUAGUUCAACCAAGUUCCCUCGGCUUGGGUUCAUGGUUCCCUUUGGGGUUUCCCAACUUUGCACUAGGGUUGCAUGGACCCUAGUCCCUAGUGCAAAGUUGGGAAAACAUUGUCUUGCGGAAUCCGUUCUAACUAAGGUUGUGGAGGAGUUUGAGCAACACAUUGCAAGCCAAGUUGAAUUGAAGAAAACAACUCCAAAGAUUCGACUAUUUCGCAAGGCAACAUGCCUAUUUUCAAACAUAUUUCUGGUGAUACAAAGAUACCUUCUUUAUUUGAGUGUAUUCACGCUGCUACAUUCUUUUGUGGGAGCUGAAAGCCUGAAACAAACUGUUUAUACUAAAAAAGCUGAAAUGCAGUCAAUGCAAAUGAAGUUUCAUGAGGAGGUUAACAAUCUUGGCUUGCAUUUGCAUAUCCAUGGCCUAGCUCAUUCUGCUUCUGGAUAUCAGAGAGUUCUUGAGGAAAAUCACAAGCUUUGUAAUCAACUGCAAGACCUGAAGGGAAGUAUUACGGUUUAUUGUCGAGUAAGACCCUUCUUGGCUGGAAAAUCAAACUGUUCGAGUACUGUGGAUAAUAUAGAAGAAGGGCCUAUCACAAUUAUUCCCCCAUCAAAGCAUGGAAAAGGACGUAGGCCAUUUAACUUUAACAAAGUAUUUGGACCCUCUGCAACUCAAGAAGAGAGAAAGGACACUUUCCGAUAUGAGGUUUCAGUUCAGAUGAUUGAGAUUUAUAAUGAGCAAGUUAGAGAUCUCCUUGUUACUGAUGGGCUUAACAAAGGAUAUCCUUUAUCAUUUGCAUCAGCUGCAGCACUCAAACUGGGCAUCAAGUUGUCAUACUGGGUGGAAAUCUUGAAACUUCAAGUAAUAUGA